AAACCAAUUUUUAAAUAAGGCAACAACUUCAGUCCAUUAUUCUGUUCAUCUCCAAUCCUUCUUCAUCUUCUUCUUCAUUUGUUCAUUCAAAAUCAAAGUAACUGAAAAUCUUCCAUGGCUUCACUAAGCAUUCCUCUUCUUCUGUUACUAAGUUCCGUCGUUGUGUCAGCUCAAACCAACGGAACUCGAAUUCCGACCGGUAGCUCUCUAAUCGCCGGUAACUCUUCCGUUCAACCAUGGUGUUCUCCUUCAAACGAUUUCGCAUUUGGAUUCCACAACAUUGAUGAUGAUCAUCAUCUUUUUCUUCUCGCAAUUUGGUUUUACAAAGUACCUGAAAACAACAUCGUUUGGUUUGCAAAAUCAGACGACAACGAUCCUGUUUUUGCACCGAAAGGAUCGAAGAUUGAGCUCACUGCAUCAACCGGAUUGGUUCUUCGAAACCCUAACGGUGGAGAAAUUUGGAAAUCGGAACCUAUUACGUCCUCUAUUGCAUUCGCCACUAUGAAUGAUACAGGCAAUUUCAUGCUUGUGGAUGCAAUCAAUGGAUCUAUUUGGGAGAGCUUCAAAUAUCCAACGAACACGUUACUUCCUACGCAGACAUUAGAGGUAGGAGGCGUUCUUUCCUCUCGUAAAUCGCUUGGUAAUUUCUCACUUGGAAAAUUUCAGUUCCGUUUGCUUGGAGAUGGAAAUGCUGUUUUAAACACCAUACAUUUGCCCUCUGGUUAUCCUUAUGAUGCAUAUUAUAUUAGCAAUACUUAUGAUCCUGCUAGUAAACAGAAUUCUGGUAGUGAAGUGAUUUUUGAUGAACAUGGAUUUUUGUAUGUGCUGAAAAGAAAUGGAGAACAAGUUAACAUUACACAGUUCAGUGUUGGUAAUCCUGUAGAGGCUUAUUAUUACAAAGCCAUCAUGAAUUUUGAUGGAGUUUUGACUGUAAGUUCUUAUCCCAAGAGUACUAGUGGAGUUGCUAAUGGAAGCUGGAAAGAUUUGUUUAGAAUACCUGAUAAUAUCUGUCUUUCUAAUGUGAAUCCAAUUGAAAGACUUGGUUCUGGAAUUUGUGGAUUCAAUAGUAUUUGUUCAUUGAAAUCCAAUGGAAGGCCGAGUUGUAAUUGUGCACAAGGGUAUUCUUUCAUCGACCCGAACGAUGAAUUUGGUAAUUGCAAACCACAUAUUGCACAGGGUUGUGAAGAAGAAGAAGAAGAAGAAGGUGUUGAUAACUUCAAUCAGAAUCUGUAUGAAAUGGUGGAUCUUCAAAACACUAAUUGGCCAAUGUAUGAUUAUGAGCGUUUUCGCACUUCGAAUGAACAAGAUUGCAAAAGUUCUUGCUUGGAAGAUUGCUUUUGUGCGUUAGCGGUGUUUGGAGGUCUUGAUUGUUGGAAGAAAAGGCUACCACUCUCGAAUGGAAGACAAGAUGCAAGUAUUACAUCUGUUUCUUUCCUUAAAAUAAGAAAAAAUGUCUCUCAUGGGAGUUUUCCAGAUGCUGAUAGAACACAAAAGAAACAAACCACAAUAAUUAUUGUCAUGUCUGCACUCUUUGGUAGCUCUGUUCUUAUUAUCUUCAUAUUAUUGGGUUUCAAAUAUCUAGGAAUCUUUGUCUUGAAAAGAGAGAUAUUAUAUGAAACUUGCACAAAGAAUUUCUCUUCAGAAUGUAACUUAAUCCAGUUUGCAUAUAUGGAUAUUUACAAAGCAACAAAUGGUUUCAAGGAAGAAUUAGGAAGGGGAUCUUGUGGGAUUGUUUACAAAGGGACAAUAGAGGCAGGUGCUAUUGCUGUCAAGAAAUUGGACAGAAUGUUUGAAGCAGAAAGAGAGAAAGAGUUCAGAACUGAAGUGAAUGUGAUUGGCCAAACACACCACAAAAAUCUGGUUCGUCUGCUCGGAUAUUGCUACGAGGGAAACAACCGAAUGCUUGUUUACCAAUUCAUGAGCAAUGGCUCAUUGUCUACUUUACUCUUCAAUGGUGAUCUAAAACCAAGCUGGAAGCUCAGAACUCAAAUAGCCUAUGAAAUUGCAAGAGGGAUCUUGUAUCUACACGAAGAAUGCUACACACAGAUCAUUCAUUGCGAUAUAAAGCCUCAAAACAUACUUCUUGACGAUGAUUACAACGCCAAGAUCUCUGAUUUUGGGUUGGCAAAGUUGUUGAAGAUGGAUCAAAGUAGAACUGAAACUGGGAUAAGAGGGACAAAAGGAUAUGUGGCUCCAGAUUGGUUCAGAUCUUCGCCGAUAAACGCCAAGGUCGAUGUGUACAGUUAUGGAGUGCUGUUGCUAGAGAUCAUAUGUUGUAGAAGGAAUGUGGAGAUGGAAGUUGGAGGAGAGAGAGAGGUUUUGACAGAUUGGGCUUAUGAUUGCUAUGAACAAGGAAGGUUAGAUGUUUUAAUUGAGGGAGACAUGGAAGCCAUAGAUGACUUUGUUAGAGUGGAAAGAUUUGUAAAGGUAGCAAUUUGGUGCAUUCAAGAAGACCCAUCCAAAAGACCAACCAUGGAGAAGGUUAUGUUAAUGCUUGGAGGGAAUGUAGAUGUUUCUCCUCCUCCAUGUCCUUACCCAUUUAGCUCCAUUGUUUAAAAGUCUUUUAUGAUUUGUUUUUAUGGUUGGACUAUACUUAACAUCUAAGUACUCUCUACCACUUAUCACUAAGUUCUUAAACUAAGGGAGGAAAAGGAGUUGAUCUUGAACCUUCAAAGACAAACAUGUAA